AUCACGCUCGGUCCAUCAGCAGGGCAGAGGGAGAGCGCUGUGAGAGGAGGAGGGUCGAGGACGCGGACGCAGAAAGGAGCUGACAGAGCGUUUGUGAGAUAAUACAUGCAACAGGGAUGCACAGAUAGCCGCACCGGACCGCUGGGUGGAUUACAAAGUUGAGCCAUUGUCUUUGAGAAGAAUUGGGAUCCGUGAGACAUACAGAAACAUUCGUUAGAUAAUUGAUUAAAAAAAUGGGUUUGAUACGCUUUUCUCCACUGGUCCUGGGAGCACCCACACCUUUACGCACACUUCUUUGCAGUUUUGCGCUUUUGCUCUGCUGGCAGCCCUUGUGCCAAACGUUCAACCUUGACGUGGAGAGCCCGGCUGUGUACAGCGGACCUGACGGGAGCUACUUCGGUUACGCGGUGGACUUUUACUUGGUGGAUUCCGCGAGUGUGAGCGUGUUGAUCGGGGCUCCCAAGGCCAACACCAGCCAGCCAAACAUCACAGAGGGAGGAUCGGUCUUCUACUGCCCCUGGGGACUCGGCCAAUCAGAGUGCCAUGACAUCGAGUUUGAUGCUGAAGGGGAUCGCACCGUCCUGAUCAACGACACAGACCAUAAGGCGGAGGUCAAGUCCCACCAGUGGUUCGGCGCCACCGUGCGUUCCCACGGAGACACCAUUCUGGCCUGCGCCCCACUCUACUCCUGGAGAACCAAGAAGGACGUCCCCCAGUCCGACGUGACCGGGACCUGCUACCUCUCGGCCCAGAACUUUACUAAGUUCGCUGAAUACGCGCCGUGUCGCACAGAGGUGACGGGUCAUGGUGGUCAGGGCUACUGCCAGGGCGGGUUCAGUGCAGACUUCACUAAGGAUGGCAAAGUAGUGCUAGGCGGACCGGGGAGUUACUUCUGGCAAGGCCAGGUGAUCUCGGCAGACAAGGACAAGAUCAUCGAGACGUACUACCCAGGCUACUUCAUGCAGUCUGUGGUCGGUCAGCUGGAGACCAAACAGACGGCCAUCAAACAUGAUGAUAACUACCAGGGUUACUCUAUCGCCGUGGGGGAUUUCAGCGGUGAUAAGCUGGACGAUUUCGUUGCCGGAGUUCCUAAAGCGUCCAUUCUUCGCGGAGUGGUUUCAAUUUUCAAUGGCACCAACCUGAAAUCCAUGGUGGAGUUCAAAGGUGAACAGAUGGGUUCCUAUUUUGGCUACUCGUUGGCCACGACCGACAUCAACAGCGACGGGCUGACGGACUUGCUGGUGGGGGCCCCCAUGUUCAUGCUGCGGGGGUCUGACGGGCGGCUGGAGGAGGUAGGCCGGGUGUACGUCUACCUGCAGCGCGGGCCCCUGGACCUGGAGCUCAGCGAGCCCCACCUGACCGGCGUGGACGCAUACGGCCGCUUCGGGAACACCAUUGCGCCGCUGGGCGACCUGAACCAGGACGGCUUCAAUGACGUGGCGGUCAGCAGUCCGUUCGGCGGCGAGGGGCUGCAGGGCCUGGUUUACAUCUACAACGGCCACGCGGGCGGCCUAGGGAGCAAGCCCUCCCAGGUGAUCACCGGCCAGUGGGCGGCCGGGGUCAUCCCCGCCAGCUUUGGCUUCGCCAUGCGAGGAGCCAAGGACCUGGACAUGAACGGCUACCCGGAUCUGAUCGUCGGGGCCUUCGGCGUGGACAGGGCGCUUCUCUACAGGUCUCGCCCAAUCGUCAACGCCAUCGCCACCAUGGCCAUCUCCCCAAAUAUGAUCAACCCUGAGGAGAAGAACUGCCCGGUCACCAACGACAACAUCACCAUACUAGUUUCCUGUGUCAACCUGAGCUUCUGCAUCUCGGCGGAUGGGAAGCACCUGCCAGAAACACUAGACUUCCAGGUGGAGUUGCAGCUGGACAGCCAGAAGCACCAGCAGAAGGGCGGGGUGCGGCGGGCUCUGUUCCUGGACUCCCACCAGGCCUCGCUGCUGAGGAGCUUGAGGAUGAGGCGCGGAGAGCGCUCCUGCCACGACGCCAAGAUCUACCUGCGGGACGAGAAGGAGUUCAGAGACAAGCUGUCCUCCAUCUACGUGGCGAUGAACUUCAGCCUGGACCCCAACGCCGCGGCCGACGCCCACGGCCUACGACCCGUCCUCAACUACCAGGCGGCCAGCCUUAUCGUGCGGAAGGCUCAGAUUCUGCUGGACUGCGGAGAAGACAACAUCUGUGUUCCCGACCUGAAGUUAGCAGUCCAAGGGGACAGGAAGGAAGUCUACCUCGGCGAUGACAACUCGCUGACCUUGAUGUUCAACGCCCGCAAUGAGGGCGAGGGGGGGGCGUACGAGGCGGAGCUCUACGUGGUGCUGCCCCCCGAGGCCGACUACAGCGGCAUAGCCCGCAACAACGAGAGCCUGGCCCAGCUGACCUGCAGCUACGAUACGGAGAACCAGACGCGCUACCUCAGCUGUGACCUGGGCAACCCCAUGAAGUCCGGCACCAGCCUUUGGGCCGGCCUGCGGUUCACCGUGCCACGACUAAAGGACCAACACAACACGGUGCAGUUCGACUUCCAGAUCCGCAGUAAAAACGAGAACAACUCCCACAGCGAGGUUGUUCCCUACAAGCUGGAGGUGGUGGUGCAGGCCAACGUCAUUUUACAAGGCGUGUCCCGGCCAGAUAAAGUCUUCUUCCCUCCCGCCAACUGGAAGAGCACCAAGAACCCUGUGGCCGAGGAGGACGUGGGGCCAGCCGUGGAGCACGUCUAUGAGCUGGUGAACAACGGGCCCAGCCGCAUCAGCAGCACUCUGCUCCAGCUGCGGUGCCCGCUGCGCGUCCAGGGCUAUCAGCUCCUCUACCCCCUGGAGUUCUCCACCGAGGGCCCGCUCAACUGCACCACCAACCACACCAUGAACUCCCUGGGCCUCAAGCUGCAGCAGACCUCCACAGAGCCUCCAUCCCUGCUGGCGCUGCAGGCCCAUGAACACCACGUGGAGAGGAGAGAGGUGCACAGAGAGUCCCUCUCUCAGCUGACCAACCUGUCGUGCUCCAACACUGAGUGCUGGACGCUGCAGUGCAACGUGGGUCUGCUGGAGAAGGGAACGAGUGCCAUCCUCAAAGUGCGCUCGCGCCUCUUGGCUGAGACCUUCCUGGAGAAGCAAAACAAGAAUUUUGUGCUGGAGUGUCUUGCCAAGUACAUUGUGAGAAAGAUGCCCUACGCCAUCCUACCCAAGCACCUCCCUACGGAACACAAAAAGGUGGUGACCUCUGUGAUGUGGAACAAGCCAGACGGUAAAUACUUGGUUCCUCUGUGGAUCAUCAUCCUGGCCAUCCUGGCCGGCUUGCUACUUCUAGCUCUGCUCAUCUACGUCAUGUACAAGCUGGGAUUCUUCAAGAGGUCUCUCCCGUACGGCACGGCCAUGGAGAAGGCCCAACUCAAGCCUCAGGCUGCGUCCGAGGCCUAGGAGGGCCCGGAGCCCACCGCAGACAAGCAGGAUCGAGCCAUAUGAUUGCAAUGGAGGAACAGAAGGAGAGGCGAUCAGACUUUGCAGUGUGAAGAGAGUUAGGAGGAGAAACGACCACUGGAACUCCACUGUGCUGCACUAGAAGAUGAGACGACACAAACCAAAAUGAUCUCCAAACCAAAUGAAUGUCUUUGCUUUUUUUUUUUUUACACUUUCUUUUCUGCAGUGUUUUGAACUGACAGAUCAAGACUAUUUCUCCUGCUCGGUAGAAACUGGCUUCAGGCUCAAGGUUGGACUGAACCACCAGAUAUUUUGUCCUACACUAUGGAAUGAAAGGUUCCUGAGGAUUUUAGUUUUUUUACACGCCUCCACAUAAUACAUUUUGUUUGAACACUUUAUUAUUGGUGCUAAAAAGACUGCAUGUACUUCUGAAGGACCGCAGCCCAAUGCUGACUCAUCCCAAACUCCCUGUCCACCUUUCUGAAAAUCCUUGUAGUUUUUUAAAUAGGAAUCCAUGGUAUUCAUCUGGAAAGGUACACGCUGAACCAAAGACAGUAAGUGUAGAAUAGAACGUUAUUACUAAACAUAAUAUAACACCACGAUUGACCAAAGCGUUGAUGAACCUCAUUUCAACCUGCCUGAGGAUGGUGGAUACUUCAGUGUAGUUACAUUUUUUAUUUUUGUUUGUUUUGUUUUUUCGUUUUUUUUUGCACUCAACGGAGGAAUCUACUGAUAAAAACACCAAAGACUGUGUGAAGACCUUCCUCGGAGGUCAGCCUUGGUCUCCUACUGGUGGUUGUUCGUUGCCGCGGUCCCGAGUAUGAACACGCUCCAGCCUCAUCCACGCCUCGGGUGUGAACCCUGCUGCAGCCUCGUCCACAUCCUGUUCUCUCACCUGGGAAGGGGACUGGAACCCACGACCUGCCAGGGAGCCAGGCCCCCGUCCUCCUGUCAACAGCGGGCGGGGCUGCUGUCGCCUUUCCCUCAGAAACGGGGCUGCUGUAUUCUCAUGAGGUCAUAAAAAAGGCAGAAAGAUCAGGAGGAAGAACCUCUUGUAAAGCCACUGUUACAUAACGAUGUCUUGAAGAGCAGAAGCGACAAUCGUCCUGUUGGAGCCUGAGGGCAGGUGGAGGAAAUGUGUUCUGGGGGUGCAGGCGGUGGUGGGGUCUUCCCCGCUCCAUGCUGCGGAGGUAUCAGCUCACCGCAGGCGAUUCUGUAGGCUUUAACGGCCUCUUUGAUUAAAGGGCUCGCGUGUGUAUGAGGAUGUGUGCUAGCAAGGAGGGUAGUGAGGUCACACCGCACUGCCACAGAGGGCUGCGGAUCCACCCAGGGAACGAACAUUGAACAGGUUGUGUGUGGAGUAUUUGCAUAGGGUUUCACAGGUGCCUUAAAUGUAGAUAGUUAAUGACCUUUGUGAGGAUGUGUGCUCGUAGGAAAUGCGUAAUGUAUGCGGGCACAUAAGUAUGGUGUGUGAGUGGUGUAUUUAUGAAUGUCUGUUUUCUGUAUGAAUCGGUUGAAAACUGUUUUCCCUUUGCUCUGAUGUCGUAAUUAUGUCGUUAUUUUUUUCUGACCAUGGUGUAAUCGUUGGAACACAAUGUGGAACCGCAAAGACUUUCCAUCUUCAUGGGGAUUUAAUCCCAUCACAAUCAAUGGCUGCCAUCAAAAUGAGGGGCGUAUUCUGUUGACACCCAAUGACGGAAAGGGCACUGGGAAAACAACAUGUUGUUUGGAAGUGCAAUAUUUGUAAUCUACUAUUAUGAUCGGUUUCAUGCGUUCUUAUUGUUUUCAGCGUAUUUCUGUGUUUGCUUCGCUAUCUGAUCUAAGAGUCCUUGAAGCCUUAUGUUUCCCUCACAGGCCAUCAUAUUCUCACUAAUGGCAGCAGUGAAGAGGUAGUUUUUCCAUGGUUUUCUACUGUGGUGUUUUUUUUUCCUCAGUGCAUACAUCUUGGACCACUUUUGCUAUCAGAUUUUUGUACCACAAACCUGCCGUGUGUGUGAAGCACAUUCUCUUGAGCCCCUCCCCAGAAACACGCCGCGUUCGCUGCUCAAGAUAAUUUUGUGGUGUCACAUUUGAAUGUGGCAUGCAGUUGUAUCACCUGUUUAAACACCACCUUUUACUAACCAUAUGUGUCACAUAGCUGUUCUGUCUUUAGCGCAGCCUUAUGUCAAGUAAAAAACAACAAAUGUGUUUCACAGUUUCAGAAGACUGUCUUUUAGAUUAAUUUGGUAAUUGAUUCAAUCUGUAACAUCAUUUUCCGACCUGUUAUUUAUGAUGAUGCGAUCUUUCAUCCACGGUUCUAGUCGGAGGAGGGUCAGGACUUUUCUAAACAACCCCAUUUCUUGGACUCUAAAAUAAGUUGUAUAUAUUUCUGACAAGAAGAUUAUUUUUAAAUUCAAAUGAUAAAUUGUUUGUUGUGAAUUCUUCUCACCCCAUAUUGGGGAGAAUUUUUGUUUUUAGGGAUUUUGUUUUUGUUCAAAGUUUGUAUUUUAAAUAAAGUAUUUCCCUUUUUA